CAGCGCCGGGGCCGUGUCUGCCCGCCGCCGCCCCUCCUCGCUGGCUGCUGCUGCUGCCGCCGCCUUCCCGCCGGGAGCACCGGUUGCCUCUGCCGCCUCAGCUCGCUUUCUCCUCCUCCGUUCAGUCCUCCCAGUGGCUCGGGAAGGCAAAGCCCCCCGCCGGGGGCGCCCGUCGGUGGGUGCGUGUCCCCCCAGCCCCCGCGCUCGCCUCCCCAUCGCGGCAGCCGCCGGCGCAGCCCCGCUCAGCCCGGCCACCAUGGCGUGCGGGAGGUUCCUCAGAAGACGAUGAGGUCAUUCAAGAAGGUCUCCUCAUGCUCAGCAGGGGCGAGUAAAGGUGGAGACGAGCCCGGAAAGUUGCCGGAGCAGGAAGAAGAGGAGGAAUCCCAGGUUUUGCACGGAACCGGCCAUUGCAAAUGGUUCAAUGUGAGAAUGGGAUUCGGGUUCAUCUCCAUGAGCAACCGAGAGGGAAGCCCCUUGGAGUCUCCAGUUGAUGUCUUUGUACACCAAAGCAAGCUUUACAUGGAAGGAUUUAGAAGCCUAAAAGAAGGAGAACCAGUGGAAUUUACUUUUAAGAAAUCUUCCAAAGGCCUUGAAUCAAUACGGGUAACAGGCCCUGGUGGGAGCCCCUGUUUAGGAAGUGAAAGACGACCCAAAGGGAAGACAGUACAAAAAAGAAAACCAAAGGGAGAUAGAUGCUACAACUGUGGUGGCCUCGACCACCACGCUAAAGAAUGUAGUCUACCUCCGCAGCCAAAGAAGUGCCAUUACUGUCAGAGCAUCAUGCACAUGGUGGCUAACUGCCCCCAUAAAACUGUCUCACAGCAGCCCACUAGUUCUCAGGGAAGACACGAAGCUGAACCGCAGCCUUCCACUUCUGCCUUCCUGAGAGAAGGGGGAGGAAUGCACGGCUACUCGUCUCCAUCAUACUCUCAGGAAGGCAGGUUGGAGGUCUUGGAGCGCUCAGGCAGGUCACCACAGGAAGCUUCGUCAAGUAAGUUGUCUGCAUCGCCUGAAGAACCAAACAGAAAGGGGCCUUCUGUUCAGAAAAGGAAAAAAACUUAAUACAUUUGUCAUAAUGUUCCAUUUUCUUUACCCUCUUGGGAUGUCUACCUCAUGCAAGUACAGGGGAAAUAAUUACAUUAUCAGUAGCUGACCUGGAAUUUUAACUACUGUUGAGUAACUGUGAAUAUUUUUUUUUCUUUAAUAGACAAAUCACUCCAAGCAAAAUACAUUUGAGCAGGGUGCAUUAUGUUUUACCGUCUGUAUGUGUGUAUGAGUGUGCAUGUGCGUGUAUGUAUGUGUACAUACCUAUAAAUAUAUAUUUUUCCACCAGACCAUUCUCCAACUCUCACAAGACAUUACUGUGAAGCAAUAGGCACAGUAUCCACAAACGUUCCUGAACUCAUUCGUAGAACCUGUUUCCAAACAUGUUCAAAAAACAAACAAGAAAACCCAAAAAAAUCUCACUCAGAAAUAAACCAAACCUGAUAAACCACACCCAGAACUGAGAGUGAGACUGUUACUUCUCUUGUAAAUGAAAGGAUACUUUCAUAUUUUAAAGCUGCCAUAUGGUACUAAAGAUACUAAGACAUCCUCCAUGCCAUCAAUUUGAGUUAUUUUCUUUUUAUCUCCACAAAGCAUCAAAACCCCUCCCCAUGCCGGUGCAGGGCAGUGUCAUGACUCAACAUGGCUCUCAUUGCCACCACCGGUUGUUGGUGAGGGGUUUAAAGCUCCAGAAGAGACAAUGAAUGUGUAGUUUCUGUGCUGGUUUCUCAAAACGUUUUGUUAAAUUAAUGUGGUUGUAACUGUAAUUUAGAUGUCUGUUGUGUAGGGGAGAAUGUAUAAGUUGUUACCAAACAGACCCUUUUGAGUGGUAUCAGGAUACCAUCCUGUUUAGCCCUUUGUAUUCUGUGAACAUUUAGGGGACCUUGGUGGCAGUAGUAGCAGCAGCAGCAGCAAUUUCUCUUGAUCCCAAGUAGUACCCCUCAGCUUGAAGGGUCUUCUCCCUUGUUUUUUGCUGAAAUGCCAUGGAGAGAACUCCCUAGGGAUUUUUGUUGUUGUCGUCUGUUUGAGUUUUAAACAAAACAAAAUACAAAGUUAAUGAGAUCCUGGGCUAAAUAGUUUCUUAAGAAGAAAGGUUGAUGGGUACUUAGAUCAGGAUGUUUGGGAUUGCUCGGUCAGCCUUCCUUGCUGAUGAUACAGCAUGUGUGCAGACCAGCCUGAGUGAAGGGACCUGCACAUUUUUCAGAAGCCCUGGGCAUCAUCUGCUUCUUGUGAACUGGAGGCUGUUGUUGACCAGCCUUUGUCCACAGUGCACUAGGACCACACACUUCUGUGUUAAAGAGGAGAAAGAUUGGUGGCCUUAGAGUGAGACUCCCUGGGCUGCAGGCCUUGCUCGGGGUUAAUAGAAUUGGAGCCUAUCAAAACUUCAAGUCGCUUUCCAUUUGUAACUUCUGAAUUACCAAGUCAUACGUAAGAUAACGUACUCUGACAAAUCCCAUUGUGGAUGUAAGUUAAUUAGAGAAACCUGUAUAAUCCUUAACAUUGGCAAUAAACACAGGCUGUUAAAGCUUGAAAGUGUCGGGUAGGUUUAAGCUCGGAUAAUCAAACUAAAGAAACAGCCUGCAUGAAAGGCUGCAGUGAGCCAAAGUCCCACCCGUGGUAACUCUUUUGCAGCCGAUAGUUACAACAGGUAUGCAGCUGGCUCAUUACGUGGCCUUCCCCUUCCCACUUGUCCUGCCAGAUGAGACUUUUACUGGUGCUGCUGCUGCUUCAGUAAAGAGGUAGUAAUCAAACGCCUCAGUGAAGGGCACAAUUUCAAGAGAAUUAUUUUGUGUGAAUUCCUUGCCAGUGUUUGUGAGAAUCUUGAGGUUUAUACUGAAGUUCUCAGUAUGCUAAUGCAAAGCUUACCUUUGACGAUAUUGAAUGUGAUAUAUCUAUAGAGAACUUCCUUGCCUUACGUAAGGAUAGUAAACUUAUUUAAAUUAUGUAGACAAAUCAAAGUGGCAUUGCUUAACCUUCUAGUUGGUGUAAAAACCAGGUUAAACAGCAAAGAUGCAAAACUUAGGUCACUUUGAAGUUCUAAACCAAAGUUCCUUAUAGAAAUAGGCAGUUGUGGAUUUGAAAACUGGUCAUUCCCUGUUUAUAUGUAAGAAGUUCAGAGCUGUGAUAAGGAAAUAUUUUCAACAUGCAGAUUGUUAUUGGUGCUGUUUAAAAUCACUGUGCACACCAAAGUCAGACUGAACUGCUAAGAGCACAUACCAAACCCUAUCUUAUUAUUAAAAGCUUGAGGUUUUAUUUUUAUAUAUUAAAAUGUUAUCACUGUUACAUAACAUACUCAGGACAAAGAACUUUGCUCAGGGAAUAUACCAUGUAAUAUUGUUUUUUCUUUACAGAAUAGUCUACAGACCUGCUUACUCAGAACAAACCAAAUAGUCUUAUACUUUUUUAUCUCUAUAUAAGUAUUAUGUACUGAUAUUAGUAACUACCUCUGAGUUGACAUAGACCUACGUUUCUGAUAAUCAGAUCUCAACAUUUUGUAUUAUAAGUUCCUGUGAAAUGAUAAAGUGGUAUUCUGUACUGGUUGUUUAUGUGAGCAUCUGUGUCUUUACAUUCACAGGGUCUGAGUUUUCAGAUAUGCUGGGCAACCACAGCUCCCACUGACUUUCAGUCGGAGUUACUGGUGCUUAGCUUUUCUAGGAGGGGAGGGAUGUAGGACGGAGGGGUGGAGGCGGAAGAAUAAAAACACUGAAACAUCAAACCUACUUAUUUACAUAGGUGACAAUAAAAUUAUUUUUCUGUUUACAGCAAAAGGCUACCUCAUAUUUACUGCAUAAACACACCUUUGUGCUGCUCUAGCCUUAAAGGUGGCUGUUGAUCUAUGGUACAUACUUUUUAUCUGUACUAAAUAUGUAACUGUUAGUUCACCACUGCAGACAUUAUGGCAAAUACUUGUUUAAGAUGAAGCAUCCAUUUGAAAUUAUGAGACGUUUCCAAACAUUUCUUUGACAGUUUUUAUUUUUCUAUCUAGAGGAUUAUGGGCACUGUUCACAAAAAUAAAUAUAGCUCCAGAAGAGACAAAAAUGUACAUGCGUUAAGUUAAACAUAUAUAGCAGCAUAAGCUGCAGCAGGGAACUACUUAGCACUGGGCUGCAGUAGGAAAAAAUCUAGUUAUACUCCUUCAAUAGGCUGAUCCAAAUAAGCAAAAAACCCUUUAAAGGAGGAGGAACAGACUAAGUUUAGGGUUCUUCCUUCAUGUCUAAGGACAAAAUUAAUAUUCUGCAGCGUUUGCUCAGGCUAGAUUUCCCCCUAUUCACCAGCUUGUCCUUGCCAGAAUGCUUCACAAUAAAACUCGUUAGAGUAGAAAUAGUUCAAAUAUCUGCUUAGAGAGAUGUAUUUUUCUCCUAACAAUAGUGGAGAUAAGGUUAAACCCGGAGCAAGAAUCUCUCUCCCUCCCAUUUCCCCACCCCGGAGUACUCAAUUUAAUUGUAAGAGACACUGUGAGGUAUUUUUUACUCUUCCCCAAGGAAAGGUCAUGAUAUUUAAUUACAUGCUACAAAAGUUAGGCCAUGAGGAAGACUUAUAUUUGGAGAAAGAGCCAAAUAACUUUUUGCUGCAAUUAAUGGUAAAUCUGGCAUUGUAAUACCAUUUGCAAUAUUUUGCUUUUAGCCAGCUUUCAGGGAGUGCCAAACACCACAUUUGGAUCCUACAGCUUCCCUUUGCAGGCCACCUUUUUCAGCCAUUUUGUUCUAUACCAGUGUUAUCCUGGAGUUCCUUAUUGGUCAUACUUAGUUUUGUUAAUAGAGCCCCAUAAAAAAAAAAGUGCUUAUAGAUCUUGUAACAUUCUUUGUAAGAAGAAUUAUAAAAGAACAUGGGAAAUCUCAUUGAGUCUUAAAUUUAAUUUAAUUAAUUUAUCUGUAAGAAAUGUUUAUCAUAAAAAAUAUAUAUGUAUUCCCCGGUGUUAGAUAUAAAAGUAAUUGGGAAGAUAUGUACAUGUGCAGAUGCACUGAUUUUAAUUUUCUAGAAGUCUUAAUGAGAUUUGAGUAUUGCUUUAGGAACAAGAAGAGCCUUGUUAAAUGCAUCGGUCUUAUUUUGCUUAGUAUAUCAACAGCCUCUUCUUUAAGAUCCGGUGGUUGUGUUACCCCUGUUACAACUGUAGAGGUUGAUCUAUGAACACAUGCUUCUUUUUUUCCUGUAUAAACCGGAGCUGUAUAUUAGCAGCUGUGGCAGUGUUUUUCUGAGAAUGUUGAAGAGUAGCAAGGUAUUUGCUACCAUUGUCAUUGAACGAAAUACAUGAGCAACCAUCUUUACAAAGGAUAAUGGUUUUGACUACCUCUUGAAUUACUAAGUUAAGCAACAACUGUCUGACAAACAUCACCAGACUGGCUUAAACUAGUAUGUGUUGCUUGUGGUAAUAAUAAAAAUAACCAUACUAGAGACCAAAGUGAACACUGAUUUCUGUAUGUCUUUAAUACUGUGUCUUAUCUAGUGUUUUUAAAUUAUCUUCUGUAGUAUAGAUUACCUCAUUGUCCAUUUUGACUUGUAUGUUGUUUACAAGGUGAAAUAAAAGAAAAAUCACUUGAAUUUUGUGUUUUAAGAAAAAGACCGCGAGUUGAAGUUUUGAAGAUCAUUUCACCUGUUUACUGUCUUGAGGGACUAAAGCACUGAUUGCCUUUCUACAUAUCAUGUAUUUUAUAUUCUCAUUUCAUGCCUAAUGUCUUUUUUUUCCUGUCAGUCGUGGAUAUCGUGAGGUUUAAAAGAUUUACUUGAUUAAAAAUAAAACAUAUAACGUUGGCAUUUACAA